AUGCCGGAGCGGCAUGUCCAGCUCUUUCGUAACCUUCAGUUCAAGUGGCAGUGCUAUGAUGCCUACUGCCGCGUUUGUCUGGGCCUCGGCUUGAAUCACAUCCUCCAGGCCAUGACCUACUACUGCAUUUGCCAUGCUCUGGUGGAGAACCAGACGCCCAGUUUAGGUCUGGCAUUGGUCGUCCUCUUCCAGGCAGCGACAAUCUUUGUCGCGUUUCUGGAUUUGGCGGGGCUGCAGCACCGAGAGAUCAUCACGGUGCAGAUCGUCAGCAUCGUUCCAAGCAUCGUCACAGCCCUGGAAGUCUCCUUCUCUCAGCGUGACAAGCUGGGCAACUUGCUCCCGCAACAGGACUACAAGCUGUCGCCGCUGAGCUUCCUGUGCCAUGCCAUGUGGCUUGAGCCUCUCCGCUCGCACAAAGAAAGCUAG